AUGGCAAUAAAUUGGCAAUCGCGCCGUGUGACAGUGAGAUAAAUUAUUUUUUCAACGCAAACCUUAAUUUUUGUUUACGUUUAUUUCUUAUUUAUAUAAUUGUAAGUAGUUGUUGAAACAGGAGAUAACCAUGCCUCGAUACCACACAGUAGAAAUCAAUAAAACAGAAUGGAUUGUACCUGAAAGAUAUCAAAUGCUUACACCUGUGGGUUCUGGCGCUUACGGUCAAGUUUGCUCUGCCAUUGAUACUUUGCAUAAUAUGAAAGUGGCCAUCAAAAAGUUGGCAAGGCCCUUUCAAUCAGCUGUCCAUGCUAAGCGAACAUACCGGGAACUGAGAAUGUUAAAACAUAUGAAUCAUGAAAAUGUGAUUGGUCUUUUAGAUGUAUUUAGUCCAGAACGGGGCUUGGAAGAGUUUCAACAAGUUUACUUGGUGACACACCUGAUGGGUGCUGAUUUAAACAACAUUGUUCGCACUCAAAAGCUAUCAGAUGAACAUGUACAGUUCCUUGUCUAUCAGAUCCUGCGAGGUCUGAAGUAUAUCCAUUCAGCGGGAAUUAUUCACAGGGACUUGAAACCUUCAAACAUUGCUGUAAAUGAAGACUGUGAAUUAAAAAUAUUAGAUUUUGGUUUGGCUCGACCUACUGAGACAGAAAUGACCGGAUAUGUUGCCACAAGGUGGUACAGAGCACCAGAGAUCAUGCUCAACUGGAUGCACUAUAAUCAAACUGUCGACAUCUGGUCUGUCGGAUGCAUCAUGGCCGAACUACUGACCGGCAGAACUCUGUUCCCUGGCACAGACCAUAUUCAUCAGUUAAAUUUGAUCAUGGAAGUUCUCGGUACACCAGCACAGGAAUUCAUGCAGAAAAUAUCCUCAGAGUCUGCGCGUAAUUACAUCCAGUCGCUGCCCACGCUGAAGAGACGUGACUUCCGCGAAGUGUUCCGCGGCGCGAACCCGCUCGCCGUCAAUCUCCUCGAGCUCAUGCUGGAGCUAGAUGCUGAUAAACGCAUCACGGCGGAGCAGGCGCUGGCGCACGAGUACUUGUCGCAGUACGCAGACCCCACGGACGAGCCCGUGUCGGCGCCCUAUGAUCAGAGCUUCGAGGACAUGGAAUUGCCAGUUGACAAGUGGAAAGAACUAGUAUGGAAAGAAGUAGUGGAGUUCAAGCCUCAUCCGCAGCACAUGAAUACGGUGAUCGAAGUUAACCCUUCAUAAUUUAAAUGUUGUCACAUUAAAAAUAUACAGGCCAUAGGCCAUUUUACUUAUUGGACUAUAAUGUGAUAAAAGGAGCAGGCGACCGGGAAAUUUUAGAUUACGGAAAAAAAAAACAUUUUGAAAUCGUAUUACGUAUUAUUAUAGUAAAAAGCUCUACAAAGCCAUCAUUAAAAUUUAAUUUUUCAAGAAUACAUCGAAUAUAUACUAUAUAAUAUAAAUAGUGUAUAACUAUGAUUUUUUUGAUGAUGAUUUUAGAGUAGUGACAUUUUUAUUAUUUUCUAAGGAAAAUAAAUGGCAUUGGAUUAUUUCGUGUUUUAACAAACGGCGCGCUUUAAUAAAGCGUACACGGUUCAGUUUCAGGCAAAAGUUAAAUAUAUAACGAUUUUAACAAUUUUGUUGAUGAAAUUUCAAAUCUACAUCAAUUUUUCUCAAUUUUCGUCGAUCGACUAAAAUGAAGCCGUGUAAGCCGUGUGGAUCCGCUGUAUUAAAAAUUAGAAUUAAAGAAAAAUCAAUAUGGGGAGCAACUAACCCGGACGUCUGUCUCCGUUAUCAAGAGUCAAUUCUUAUACGUAUAGAUUAUACGUCGUUAUUAAAUGUUAUUUAAUAACAUUUUUCUGCCGGUCAGUAUGUAACAGUAUAAAUAAACUUAAAAUUCUACAACGAUCGUAGCCUUAUUUAUCUAUGGAUGCUUAUGUUAAUUUCAUAGACAUUUUCUAAUAAGUUUAUUCCAGUACGUAUAUGAAUAUGAAAAUAAAAUAAGUUGUCUUAUUAAAAUUUCUUCUAGAGUUUAUUGAUAACGAUGAAUUUCGUAUUUUAACUUGUAAGUAAUAUUUAUUCUUUUGCCCAUUAAUGAGCUUUGCGUUAAUUAUUUGUAUUUUAUUUUAAUCUUAGUGAUUUAAAAAUGAUCUAAGAGUUUUUAUUUUACAUCUUACAUUAUUCAAUUUUUUUUUUAAAUAUUUUAAAAUUAUAAUAAUGGGACUAUUAUAUUAUCUGUUUGGAUAAACUUUAAAAGCUUUGUGAUGAAAAUAUGGCCUAAUAUAUUGUUUAGCGCUAAAAUGCAGUUUAAAAAUAUUGUAUGCUUUGUCUUGCUUUUUCAAAAAUAGGUAAAACAUACUGGAAAAUACCGUCCAUCUUAGAUGGCUUACAUUAUUGCUCAUUUUUUUUUAAAUAAGAUUAAGAAAGAAAUAUAUAUAUUUUAUAUACAGGUUUAAAAACCGAUUGCCAUAAUCAGAAUUGUUACCUACAAUUAAUUGCCGCAUCAAGUACAACUCCGUCACAAUAGCUGAAAAGUUAUUUUUUUAUCUGUGGCACAAAUCCUUAAAGUUUAAAACGUUAUUUCGAAAGUGUACGUGACGUUGUUGUAUUCGAUGUGCGACGUUCAAACAAGUUUUAUCUUGUUUUUGUAAUGUAUUGUUAUUUUGACUUAAGUUUAGUAUUUGAAUCAAUAUAAGUUUACCUCGAA